CCUCAACUUCGAUAUACUUACCUAAUAACUGCGAUAGCCUUAAUGCAGAUUCGGAUAUAUAGGUAGGUGCCUAACUUACAUCAUAAAGACUUUACAUUGAAAGAAAUCACCUAUCAGGUAGAUAAAUUGAUAGGUAAUCGGUAGGUAAUACAUAUUAAUAUAUUAGUAUCUGCUAUCCGCAGCAAAAGCUCCGACGAUGCUGUCAUCAAGUCGAUCGUGAUGCGGAAGGCAAACGCCAUACAUUAUCAUUCUCUCCACAUAUCACGCCUGUUAACCGCUUUCCCCUUCCGUUUGUUCUCCAUCGAUGAAACGGUGUUAUGUCAGACCUCCUCAUUGCAUCUUCCAUUGCAUCUUCCAUUGCAUCUUCGUGACGUCACCUUACUCAUCCCUCAAUAUCCUCUGAUUAUAUGAAGGUCUACGGCCAUAGCUUUAGAUGAGUCUGACCAGUUCUUUCAAUUACAUCCAGGAACCUAAUCCGAGAUCUUCCUCUUCUAUAUUUCAUUAUCACACAAUAACAAUGUCGGCAACCAGAAAUACCGAAUCCUUGUAUAACCAGGGCGAGUUCCGUAGCCGCGUGCCACCCGCAGAACCUCUCACAACUGGCGGGCAUAAACCCGGUGUUAAGGUCGGCAAUGAUGCCGCGCCGGAAUUUCACGCCGAAAAGUAUCCCCCUGGUACCGCGCCCCCGGAAAGCACAUUCCUACCCAAUCCCGUAAACGAGUUCCCAGCCAAGUCUCCAUUGAUCCCUCCCGCGGAUACCCUUGGCGGUACUACAUCUCAAGCCCUCUAUACUGGUCUGGGUAAACCGUUCCAAGGCCAAGUAUCAACUGAGGUGCGCGGCAGUCUACUAGGCGAGGAAAUGAAGAAACGAAAAAAAGAGCAUGCGGGGUUAGAAGGUGUUGGGGCGAGUGAGGGUGGUGAUAUCGCUCGUGAUAAAUGGGUGCGUCAGAAAGGGGCAGACCUGCCUGAGGGCGUGGAGAAAGGCACAAGAGGGAAGGCGAACCCCGAAUAUCCCGGUGCAGAAGACCGCCUCCCGACUGGUGCGGAACAGGUGGCGGCCGACGCGGCCCAGCGCUAAGUGCCGGAGCGCGACUACGACCACACGCAAUCUGGAAACCUCAAAUAGGGAGGUUGUAUAGACUGUAUUAAGUAAUAGCAAGAAGACAAGUAUGCAAGCUGCUUAAUGAAAGUGGU